UGAGCCCGCGUUCCACAGAGGGAGAUCGAGGGAAGAGGAAAUAUGGCGCUAAGGGAUCGUAAAAGUUCCUCUGAAUCGGAGGCCAAUUUAAUAGGUGAAAACGAGCCAGAUGAUCAUUUCGAGGACGAACCAGAUCUCUGCCUAGACGAAGAAGAAGAAAUAGAGCUCGCCCUUAGUGCUCCAUCAGACGAUCAAUGGUACCAUGGAAAGCUUGACAGAGCAGAUGCUGAAAAGAGACUUAUGGACAAUGAAAAAGUGGGCUCAUACCUUGUGCGUGAAAGUGACCGAAAGCCCGGCACAUACUCUCUUUCUUAUCUUGGUCGUAAUGGAAUCAGUCACUUCAGAGUGACAGCAGUGUGUGGAGAUUACUAUAUCGGAGGACGGCAGUUUGAUUCACUGAAUGAUCUGAUAGGCUACUAUACAACCUGGUCUUGUUUACUAAAGGAAGAACACCUUCUGCACCCAGUGCCUCCCCCAGAGCCAGUUGUUAGCAAGAAAAGGGUGUUGGCCAAGUAUACCUAUAACAAAGCCCCUGAUACAGAAGAACUGAGUUUUUACCAGGGAGAUGUUUUUGUAGUUGAUGAUGUAAUUGACAGUGAUUGGCUCUGGGUGACAGCUCAGAAAAACAAGGAGAAGGGACUUGUACCUGCAGCCCUUGUUGAAGACGCUAAAUCAGAUCUUGAUCCUUGUGCAGGAAAACCGUGGUUCUUUGGAAAUAUUUCAAAACAAGAAGCACAAGAAAUUCUUUCAAGAGAUGGCAUUGUGGGUAGUUUCCUUAUAAGGCCAAGUGACAAGUCUCCAGGGGAUUACUCACUCUCACUCAGAGCUCCUGAGGGUAUCACGCGCUUUCUUAUCAGAAAACAAGGAAUGCAGUAUUCUAUGGGCGGCAGAAUGUUUGACAGUGUGGAUGCCGUUGUAGCAAGGUAUAAACACGAACACAUUGUCGAGGGCCUUUCUCUGAGAGAACCAGUAUCGAGGGCUCAGGAUUGGGACCUUCCUCACAGGCCAAUGACACCGAGCAGGAAACUGGACCAACAAAAUGGCUCAUCAUUUAUGUUCAACCGAUCUAGAGCCCCAGGGCCUGCUAUUCUAAAUAGAAGUCAACCGGCAUUCAAGAGAGGAUAUUUAGUAAAGAAAGGACACCGCAACAAGUGGAAAAGAAUGUUCUUCGUUUUAGAUGGGUUUGAGCAACAUUUAUACUUCUUCGAAAAUGAAAAGAGAACUAAACCAAAAGGUAUGAUGGAUCUUAGCUUCUCUAUGGUUUACGAAGUCCACCAAAGUUUUUUCGGCAGGCCAAACUGUUUUCAAGUGGUGGUGCGGGCAUUCAACGAGUCCCGGAUGUUCUACCUUUGUGCCGACACACAGGAUCUUGCAAACGAAUGGAUGGAGGCCAUCAAAAAGUUUUGCGGUAAACCAGUGAACACGAACCUCGGCGAGCGCGAUGUUAAACAGCUCAGGAGUCUGGAAGUGAUCAUUGUUGAGGCGCACAAACUGAGUUCCAAUAAAGUUUCACAUCCUUACUGUAUGAUCUCUUUGAACGAAGUCAAAACGUGCAGGACAAAGACACAGGAAGGACACUCGCCGAUAUGGAACGAGGAGUUUAAAUUCAAUGACCUACCCUCCGAUGUAUCGUAUUACUCAGUUGAUCUUUACAAUCGCAACAAACGCUCCAAAGAUGUUCUAGUUGGAAGUGCGAUGGUUCCAUUGAACCGUUUACCAAAAGGAAACGUUUUAGAUGAAUGGUACCCAAUCCUCCCUCCCUCUCACUCCAAAAUGGAGGUCGGUAGCAUUCGCGUCAGGAGUAAAUUCACGCAUGAAAUCAUUAUGCCUGUUGAAGAAUAUAAUUCACUAAAAGAGUGGUUGCUCGUAAGUGGCGAUUUUAUUCUUGCAAAACGGGCAAGUAUGGACGACAUCCAUAAACUCGUCCAAACAGCAGCAAACGAGACAACCAAACAGGGCGCACAACAAAGGCAAGCACAGCCAUGCUUUGAAGCCCGGUUGCUUGCCAAGGUGGGUAACCAGCUUGUUGAGGCGGGUAGCCUUGCUGAAACGGAUAGCUUGCUUCUUGGUGUGGGUAGCCUCCUUGUUGAGGUAGAUAACGUGCUUGUUGAGGCGCGUAACUUCCUUGUUGUGGUUGAUAACUUGCUUGUGGAGGUUGAUUACCUGCUUGUUCAUGUUGGUUUCCUCUUGUUAAAGUACGUUUUUUCAUGUUUCAGUGGUUUCCUUUUCCUGCGGUUAAUUUGUCCCGCCAUAAUGAAUCCAAAAAUAUGCAACAUGAUGUCAGAAUCUCCGUCAUCUUGUGCUGCUCGAACUCUCACACUUGUGGCAAAGUGUCUUCAAAACUUGGCUAACUUAGUUGAAUUUGGCGCCAAGGAAUCAUUUAUGACACCAGUUAAUCCAUUCAUUUUAAAGAACAAGGAAAAAAUGAUAGCGUUUUUGGAUGAGUUGUCGAACGUGACGCAAAUCCCGCCAAGCACCGAGCAAGUGUCGUCAGAUCCAUCACGUGACCUUGCUGCUGUUCACGACAUUUGUUGGGCGUACAAGUCAGAACUCCAACAGUUGAGCCAAACACAGCCGGGCUUGAAAAAGCUCGUGGCGGUCACAGAAACCUUACGACAACGGGAACAACAGUUUCUUCAAGAAAAUUGCAGCUUAACAAACAGAACAGAGAAAUUGGUGUGAAUUGACCUCGGCUCACACAACACAGUGUAUCUGCAACCAAAGAUUGAUGACAGACAUUGAUGAGCUCUCCGCCAAUCAGUGAUUAAGAAGGAAAAGGCAAAGCCAAUCAGUGGUUAAAACCAACACGAUUUGGUCACGUGACUUACGUCUGGAAUCAGGUCAACAUAUGAUUGGUUAGGAAUUGCAUAUGUCAAGCCUGAUUCAUGGGGAUGCAAAGCCACUGCAGUAAAAUGGUUUUUAUCAAGUUCCAAGCUCACUACUUUUCAUGCAGCCAGAACGCCAGUUGAAUGAAGAUGCUUAGUUUUGUAUUUAUUAAUGACUUUUUUUUUUUUAUCGCCGAUUGUUGUCGAUUGUAGUUUUUCUUGCUCGUUGACAAAUUUCAUAUGAUCCAAAUUGAAAGCUCGGCGGUGCAUCAAACAGGCAUCUUUACACAAGUCAUGCAUCACUUCAUAACCAGCGCAUGAGGUGUGUCCGUCUUUGAUGAGGCACCCCGAUAACACCUUGUCAGCUCCCUUAUGGUUUUGAUUACUUAAGCUUGAAGACUCGCUCAACAGUACAGACACAGUUUAAGUUUUCUUAUAUUUUCAAAGCGAAUCUCGAGGCCGCUUUCUGCCAAGAGGUGUGUAUAUGCUGUCUGAAAGUGUUUUGGUUCAGGGAAAGGUUUUGUCAUUGUUAUCGCUUCCGUAGACGGUAGCUCUAACACUCGGUGCUUUCCUUCGUCUUGUUUUAGCCAUUUGUUCGAUACAAAUGUGUGGUUUUUCUCUGUGUGUAUUGAUUAUAUCAGCUGAAAAACCUGCGUAACCGAACCAAACCACAGCGCCGGCCCAGUUAAGAAUAUCUUAUGAUAUAAAAGGUAUCUGGGCUUGUUCACACCUUGUUUCUAAAAAGCUUUUAAGUAACGCUGAUCAGUUGGUGUUACAGUUGUAAGCUGCCUUAAAAGGUCGCAAGUCUUGAACUUUUCCCGCUGUAAAUCGUAGUGUAGAAGUAGUUUAUGAGUUUCAUGAAAGUAGACAUUUUACUAGAAAAUAUUUGUAAAUAAUGAAAAUUAAUUAUAAAGUAGGCACUUUAACAAAUUUGAAAACUGAAUUAAUAGACCAGAAGCCCUGGAAAUGUUUCCUGAAGACUGCAAAACUUACAAAUGUUUUAAAUUCAAACCCCUUUCCCUUGCCACUUUGUCAAACGAAUCUAUGGUAUUUUCAGUAUAUGUGAAAUCAAAAUAAAAUUGUAGAUACAACCACAGAAGAAUAUGAAAGUGGAAAUACCCAGAUUUCACGUGAUCACCAAAUUUAAAAGUUGUUAUAACAAAGUAUUUUGUAAUAAAUAAAGUCUUUAUUAUCUGA